CGCGCUUUCAUCCAUCCCUCACGUGUCCCCUACCAACGUCCGAGAAACCCGGAGUCCGUCAUCGCCAGCAGCUUGCGGUGGGCGCUCACGUAUGCCCACAACUCUCCUCCGCCCUCCAUGGUACUCCAAGUCGCCUAUGGCGCCCUCACGACGGUGCUCCCACCGAGAUACUGGCCACAUGCGCUCGUGGUGUCCACAAUCUUAGUGGUGAUAUAUGCAUACACGCAGGGUCGCCAGACGACGCGCGAGCGGGACUUGCAUGGCAGGAUUAUGAUGCUUACAGGGCCAUUCACACCGUUAGGCCUCGUAGCACUAACGGGCCUCGCAAAACGAGGCGCGCACGUCAUCGUACUCUCGCCAUACCCUCUCUUGCAUCCCAUUCCCUCUCUACUCCUACCUCUUCUGCGGUCUACCACGAACAACGAGAACAUCUUCGCCGAGUACUGCGACCUCAACUCCCCCACCGCCAUUCGCGAGUUCUGCACCAAAUUCCUAACGGAGCAAGACCCCCGCCUCGACGCACUCGUUUUCGCGCACGAGUACCCGAGUAUCGGCCGCAUCUGGUUCUUCGGUGGGAAGGCAUGGCAGGAGAAGGAAAAGCGCGAGCACGCGCAACGCGAAGCCGCAUCUCUCGCGUCCUUCCUCUUCACCACGCUGCUCCUCCCCGCGAUGCUCGUCGCGCCCGUCGAGCGCGACAUCCGCAUCGUCCACGUCGUCAACCCCUUCUACGCCGCGGCGCUUCCCACCUUCCCCGCCUUCCUUAACUCCACCCCGUCCACGAAGCCGGCUGCCCAGCCGCUCGUCAUCUCCGAAGGUCUGCGCGCGCUCCGCACCGUCGUUCUCACGCGCCACCUCCAGCGCAUCCUGGACUCGCUGCCCAACCGCGCUGCGGACCCGAAGACAAAGCCGUCCAUGGAACCCCACCCGUCCAACAUCCUCGCCGUCGCUGCGUGCCCGGGCAUCAGCCGUCGGGACACGAUCGCGCCCUUUCUCGGGGCGACGGAGCGUGGAUGGUCGCUUGCGUACCUCGUGCUCGUCCUCCCGCUCGUGCUGCUCACGAAGACCUCCGAGUCCGCGCUGCAGACGCUCCUGCACGUGCUCUUCCUGCCGACCCCGCUGAAGCGUGCGCAGGCGAAGAUCGAUGCUGCUGCGGACGAAGAGCGGAAGGCGGAGGAGGAACGCGCCGCUGGAGGUGCGGCUCCCGAGUCGGAGGGAGCGGAGAAACCCGCACGGCCGCUGAGAACGGGUAACGUGGAGGUGCUCAAGCCGGGCGCGCUCUAUCGCGAGUGCGCAGUCGUGCCGCUGGACGUGCCGCGCCCACCCACCCCGGUGCUCGAGGAGAAGGACAAGAAAAACAAGAAGAGCAAACCCGAGGAGGAGCCUGUGCAGGAGGACGACGAAGAGUACGGAGGGGAGGCGGUUGGACGCGCCGUUUGGGAGUGGUAUGAAGCACGUCUGAAGGAGUGGGAGGCGCGUGACGCCGAGCGCGUCAAGGCGGAAGAGGACGCCGCCGCGGCGAAGGAGAAGACAGAGGCGCAGGAGGCGUCCCCGGCCGAAACGCAGGGCGAGCAGCCCGCGCCGCCCCCUACAGCUCCCGCAGCGGCUACUUCGACGCCGGCCUCAUCAUAGUCUCUUGUUGGUGGUGCGUCCAUGGACCUGUACAUUAGCGUUACGCACCCACUCUAGAGUCUAGAUUGCUUCACCCGGACGUCGCGUCUCGUCUCGACCCGUCUCAGCAUGCUACGCCUACACGCAACAGUGGCGGCUGUGUAUCGAGCGAUGAUGCAUUACGCUGCGUAUCACCCCGCCAGACAGUCAAAAGCGAGCCCUCUGCAUCCCGGUGCCCUCGGUUGACCCCAUCCCUUCACGCCCAAUUUCUUCGGUCCUCUGGCAGGCCCUCUCGCUUUUUGCUGCUUUCUUCCCUUCGCUUUCGUUCCCUACUCCUCCCAGCUUACGCUCUUUGCCCCCC